AUUGACGAAGGGCAGUCAUACAGAGCUUUAGCAUUCUGCUGAGCUCAAGACUGCAAAAGUUACUUCUAACUCCACCCACACUAAGCAUCUAAACACCUGGGGCACUACAACCUUGAAAUUACCUACAUUUGAAAACAAUUACUCAGGGAUGGAUUCCGAUGUCUUUGUUUCCUACCAAAAAAAGAGGAUGGGUCAAUGACAAAGUAGCUCACACGAAAACCCACUCAAACCUCUAUAUAAAAGGAGACUGGGACAUAUACCCUGCAGUUCAGUGCACCUCUUGCAGUGAAGCUUCUGGAUCUCUUAGCAGUGACCGACCAUGAUGUCAUACUCCAGCCAAGGCUCAUUCAGUUCCGGGGGCACCUUCAAGACGUCCCAAGCGGGGUCUGGAAGUUCAUCCUUCAUGGCCUCCGGGGGUUCUUCCAUGCGGAGAGCUCCUAGCGUUUAUGGGGGCGCUGGAGGAUUCGGCACCAAAGUCUCGAGCCAGUCCAGUUUCGGAGGGUAUGGUGGAGGCUUUGGCAUGGGAGGAGGAGCAGGGGGCUCUGCUGCCGGUGGAGACCUUGGUCUCUCCAUCAAUGAGAAGGCCACCAUGCAGAACCUCAACGAUCGUCUGGCUGCCUACCUGGAGAAGGUACACUCCCUGGAGACCGCCAAUUCCAAGCUGGAGAUCCAGAUCCAGGAAUUCCUGAAGUUGAAGAUGCCACAGAGUGGACGGGAUUAUAGCGCCUACGAGAAGAUCAUCCAUGACUUCCAACAACAGAUCAAUGCUGCUCAUCUUACAAAUUCCAAGAUUAUCCUUCAAGUUGAUAACGCAAAACUGGCUGCUGACGACUUCCGAAUGAAGUAUGAGAACGAGCUUGCAAUGAGGCAAUCCAUCGAGGGUGACAUCGCUAGACUGAGGAAGGUCCUGGAUGAGCUGACUCUGACAAGGUCCAACCUGGAGAUGGAGAUCGAGGGACUGGCGGAGGAGCUGAUCUUUCUCAAGAAGAACCACCAGGAGGAGCUGGCAUCUCUCCGGGCUCAGACUAGUUCUGGAUCGGUCAACGUGGAGGUGGACGCUGCCCCACAGCAGGACCUGUCCAGAGUCCUGGAUGAAAUCAGAACGCAGUACGAGGGCAUCGCUGCCAAGAAUAACCGCGAGGUUGAGGCCUGGUACAAGGACAAGUUUGACGCUCUUAACCAGCAGGUCACCUCCAGCACCACCGAGAUCCAGACCAGCAAGACUGAGGUCAACGACCUGAAACGAACGCUGCAGGGCCUGGAGAUCGAGCUGCAGUCUCAGCUCAGCAUGAAAGGGGCUCUGGAGGGCACACUAGGGGAGGUGGAAGCCAACUACUCCAACCAGCUCAACAGACUGCAGGCGAUGGUGAGCAGCCUGGAGGCAGAGCUCAUGCAGGUGCGCGCCGACACUGAACGCCAAUCCCAGGAAUACCGGAUGCUGCUGGACAUCAAGACCCGUCUGGAGAUGGAGAUCGCGGAGUACAGGCGCCUGCUGGACGGAGAGGGUGGCAGCAGCAGCAACAGCAGCAGCAAAAGCAGCAGCAACAGCAGCAGCAACUACAGUGUUACAGUCAACAAGAGCACUGAAAUAACGAAAGUGAGCCAAACUCAGCAAUCAGGAGGCACUUCUUCAUUGUCGUCUUCAUUCACCAAACCCCUGGUGGACUCAAAACCAGCACCAGCAAAAGUACCAGCACCAGCACCAGCACCAGCACCAGCACCACAGGUCCUGAAAACCAGAAAGGUGAAGACCAUUGUGGAAGAGCGAAUCAACGGAAAGGUUGUUUCCACUCAAGUGCAGGAGGUGGAAGAGAAGAUGUAAAACAACCAACACUUUCUAUCUUCUAUCUACAGCUUCCUAAUACUAAAUAUCACCCCUGUUAAAAACCCUAUCGUGCAUCUAUAUAUAUAUAUAUAUCAUUCACAAUUGCAAUUUCUGCUAAGAUGAUUUUUAUGAACUAUCCCAGCAUGCCUUUUUAACCACUGGGUGUAAUUCCAAAGGCUUAUUUUCUAAGAAACACCACCAUCAUUGUGCAGCUGUUAUUGCUAUCCCCUUUGAAACUAAUUGAGUAUUGAGAUUGUUAAUUUACUAACUCGUCAUGGUUAUUGUUGCAGAGGGGGCAAAAAAAUAUAGUUGCACCCCCCCGCCCCCCCUCCCCCCCCCCCUCCGGGGUCAGUUCUAAAACCACAUGACUUUAGAAUUCAGCAUUGGGAGUCUUUUCAGAAGCAGUCCCCCUGGUUAAGAAAAUGAAUUAGUUAGUAACCCUUUGUAUACCGUGAUUUUAGGCAGAAACAGCAACAUGUGAAGGUGGUCAGUCUUAUUUUAGAAUCUGGGGUGUAUGGCAACUACCUUUCUCUGUUUUUAAGUAAUGUGUUUUACAAGGUCAGAGGGUUUAAACCUGUAUGCAAAACUUUGAAAAUGAACUCAAACAAAAUAAAAAUAAUUUCAAGCAA